UAUAAAUGACAUUACGUGAAACCAAUUUGUGUAGUUCGGUGUAGCCUAUAUCAUCGGUGGGGAAGCGUUUCUGACUCUCGCGUGAACUACCGCGAUUUCUUCCUUUCCGACGAAAUCCCAACAUGGGUAAGCCACGUGGUAUCCGCACUGCUCGCAAGUAUGUGACCCACAGACGUGAGCAGAGAUGGCAUGACAAGGGCUACAAGAAGGCCCACUUGUCAUCUCGCUGGGUGAAACCCUUCGAGGGAUCAUCCCAUGCCAAGGGCAUUGUUCUUGAAAAAGUUGGUGUUGAAGCUAAGCAGCCUAACUCUGCCAUUAGGAAGUGUGUGAGGGUACAGCUGAUCAAGAACGGCAAGAAAAUCACGGCGUUCGUGCCUAAUGAUGGUUGCCUGAACUUCAUUGAAGAAAAUGACGAGGUUUUGGUGGCAGGGUUCGGUAGAAAAGGGCAUGCCGUCGGUGAUAUUCCCGGUGUACGUUUCAAGAUCAUUAAGGUUGCCAACGUGUCACUGUGGGCCCUGUUCAGAGGCAAGAAGGAACGACCAAGGUCUUAAGCUGUACAAAAUUGUAAAGAAAUAAACCAGCAAAACAA